UAGAACCUAUCUUAUUCCUAUUUACCUCUCCUCUUUUUCCCAAACAAAAGAAUCUCUUACCACUUCUCUCUCCUACUCAUAAUUUCCAUGUCUUGCCAAAUAACAUUCACAUGUCUUUGUUUCUAGUGAAACAAAAAUAAAACAUAGAUAAAAAAAUUUCAAACUUUUUGCUUGAAAUUUGGUUCUCCACUAACAACUACCCUUUCUUUUAUCCACACACAACAAAACUCAUCUUCAACCAAAACUCUUGUUGAAAUUGCAUAAAAACUACAUUUAAGAAACUUGUCACAAAUUUUUGUUGACAAUGAAUCUUUUAACUUUGUUUCUUAUUUUAUUUUUGUUUACAAAGUUUUUGGAAGUUGAGCCUGCAAGACCAAAAGUGAUAGGGAAACCAAAGUAUCCAAUCUCUCAAAUCAGUGUGAUGGGUUUUGUUUAUUGUGAUUUCUGCUCAAAUAACAGCUUUUCUAGACAUAGUUACUUCUUGCCAGGUGCUGAAGUAAAAGUAGAUUGCAUGUUCAAAGCACUUUCAGCAAAAACUUCAGAACAGAUUACACUUUCAGUAAACAGAACAACAAACAAGUAUGGAAUGUAUAGACUUGAAAUACCAUCAGUUGAUGGAGUGAGAUGUGCUGAAGGUUCUGAAAUUUUGUCUUCAUGCCAAGCAAAUUUAAUAGGAAGUUCAACCUCUUCUUGCAAUGUUCCUGGUUACAAAAGCACUUCUAAUGUCAUUGCAGUUAAAGCAAGAAGAACUAAUCUUUGCAUAUAUAGUCUUAAUGCUUUGACUUUUAAACCAUCCAAGAGAGAUAUUACCUUAUGUGGUAAUUAAAAGGAGGAAAAUUACAUAAGUAGCCUUGUAGUUGGUAACAAUAUUGUUAUAUCAUGUUUUUGGAAUUUGGAUUCCGGCCGUCUAGAAGGCUACGCAUUUAGAUAUAUUGAUGACUAUCCGAUCUUGAUCAGACGGUCUUAAAAAAUAUCAAUUUUAAUUUUAAAAUAAAAUAUUAAGUUUAAAUUUAAACUGUUUGAUCUUUGAUCGCGCAAAUGCUGAUGUCUCAUAAAGUUGGACAAUGUUUUGAUGCUUUAUUUGUUUGUAACACUAUUGUUAUAUGAUAUCAUGAUGUGCUAAAAGAGAAUAACAUGCAUGUAGAGUUUGAGUGUGAAA